UUUUUUUUAACUCGUUUUGGGCUUUUUCUAUGACAACUCUGUUUGCCGCUGCUACAGUCGCUGUCCGAUCAUCAGGAUUAUCGCUCUCAUCACUGUCAUUGUCGUCAUUGUCUGUACUGCCAAGACUCUCUUCUUCUUCUUCUUCAUCCAAGAUUUCUCCGUUCGCAUCCAUGAGCACGAGCCCCAGCAAUCCCGCGUCCGCCGCUCCUCCGCCGCUCGUGUUCAGUCCCGCACAACGCGUGUCUGGCUUUGGCGACUCGGUCUUUGCCGAGUUCACUGCGCUGGCGAUCGCGCACAGCGCUGUCAAUCUCGGUCAGGGCUUCCCGGACUUUGCCGCUCCCGACUUUGUCAAGCAGGCCGGUGCCAAGCACAUUGUCGAGUCCAACCUCAACCAGUAUGUCCGAUCCAUGGGCCAUGUGAAGCUGGUCAACACGUUGGCCAGGCACUAUGCGCCAGCCGACCGCCACAACAACCCGUCCAUCAACCCAAUGACCGACAUUGUAGUCACGGCUGGCGCCACCGAAGGCAUGUUUGCAACCUUCCAGGCCAUUCUCAACCCUGGAGACGAGGUCAUUCUCAUGGAGCCGUUCUACGAUGCAUAUCCUGCACAAAUCACCAUGGCAGGCGGCGUUCCGCGCUACGUUCCGCUGCGCUUGAAAGCGGCGGAGGCUCGAAACGGCACGAGCGACGACUGGUACCUCGACUUGGCCGAAUUCCGUGCUGCCUUCACCUCAAAGACCAAGGCCAUUGUGCUGAACAACCCUCACAACCCUCUCGGCAAAGUGUUCCGCCGAGACGAGCUCGAAGCUAUCGCCCAAGUUGUUUGUGAAAAGAAUGUCAUUGCCAUUAGCGACGAGGUGUACGAGCAUCUUGUUUUCAACGACGCGCCCAACCGCCACAUCCCGCUGAGCACGCUGCCAGGAAUGCUUGAACGCACAAUCAAGCUUGGCAGUGCAGGCAAGACCUUCUCGGUGACUGGCUGGAAAGUUGGUUGGGUUGUUGCUCCUGCGCCAAUCGCCCGCGCAAUCUUCUUGGCACACCAGUGGAUUCCGUUCUGCGUUGCCGCACCCUUCCAAGAAGCUGUUGCAGACGCUCUGGAACAUGCAGACAAGUCUGGCUUCUUUGAUGAGUUUCAGGUUGCACUCUGCAAGAAACGCGAUCGUCUGAUGGACGGCUUGAAACAAGGCGGACUACCAGGCAUUCUUCCGCAUGGCGGCUACUUUGUUCUCGCCGACACCUCGUCCAUUUGGCCCAAGCUGCAGCGAGACCUCCAAUCUGGCGACGCAAAUCCGUCCCAGCCUCAUGAUUAUACCGUCUGCAAGCAGCUGACCAAGUCCGUCGGCGUUGUACCAAUCCCACCUUCGAGCUUUUUCACUCCCCAGCAUCAACCGUCGGUCAAGGAUUUGGCCCGUUUUGCAUUCUGUAAAGAGGAUCGUGUGAUUGACGAGGCGUGUCGUCGUCUGCAAGCGUUUGGAGCCAAGAAGUAA